AUUUUUUCUUUUUUUCGCAGAAAUUUUGAAAAACAAAAAAAAUCGAAAUAGAAACAAAUCAAGCUUAAAGAUUAACUAAUUAAAGUUUUAUUACUCUGCCUGUUAUAAUGUAAUUAAAUAACAUAACAUGUCAUGUAUUGGUUGGAUGGUUUUACAUUAGAUGACAAUUUAAUUACAAGUUCAUUAGCAACAAUCGAUAGUAAUGAUGAACAAAGUGAUAAUAAUCGCCGUAAGUCUGGAGCAUCUGCAUCAUCAUCAACAUCGAUGGGAGUAUUUCGUUCCACACAUCGUCGCGAUUACAGCAAUAACAGCAAUACCAACAGAUUAACAAAUACAACUAAAGCAAAACGAAGACGGCAUGCGCAUUAUAAACUGAACAGCAGAUUGGACAGAAAGUCAUCACGUGGCAUGAUUUACGAAAAUGAAGAGUUAAGAUUGCGUACCAUCAACAUUAAUGCUGAAGUUGAAAGAGGUCAAUCCGAUAUUAAACGUUUGAAAAAAGAAAAUGAGUUAUUACGACGUGAAAUAUGGAUCUUACGGGAUGAAUGCGACCGUCUUAAUAAAACAGUUAAAGCGAAAUUCUUGGAGCAUGAUCAAGGAGGUUGCGCUAUACGCUGUAGUGGUGCUAGCACUAAUGCGACCAAUGAACAUCAUUGCUGUUGCAAUAUUGACGACGGUGAAGCUGGGGCUAGGAUUUGCGGUUGUGAGACUAUGCAUAACAAUUAUAAUAGUGAGGAUUCAGAUUCCUGUACUGGACCAUGUUGUUGCGGUGAUGAUGAUGAUGAUGCUGCUGAGGAUAUUAUUAAAGCGGAAAAUUCCAAUAACGAGGAGGAAAGUGCAGCAAGCGAAGAUGUAAAGCUCACAACAACAACAACGAUUUGCAAGACCGAAGAGUCGGCAAAUAAAAGUAUCUUUGAUCAUUUAUCGGUUGUAUCUGAAGAGACUCUAAGUAAUAUUGAGCAUACACUCGCCCAACAAAAUGAAAAUCUUUUCGGUUAUACACCCGAUAUAUACGGUUCGGAGACGACACUUCCUAGUUUUGUGGGACCUUUAACUCCUCUUACUCCUAUUGAAUUGGUUGCAAAUGAGUUAAGCGAUUUGCAAGCUACCGUGCCACCCUUGUCGUAUUUUGAAAAUAUUGUCUCUCAGCAUUUAAAUCCUAGAAAUGAAACUUCUGGAGAGAGUCCUUCAAUCGCCGGUGCCGAAAAACCUUUAGUACGUCAUACCAAUGGUUGGGAUUAUAACUUACAAUCUCCUUUUGCUCAAAAACGUUCGACCGCACAAACUUUAAGUACUUUUCAGCCUGUAAGCGGCAUUACCGCCAUCGCAACUACAGGUCCCAUAGCAGAGAGCAAUGUAAACGAAAUAAUCACAACUUCCUCUGCUUCGCAGCAAACUGAAACUGUUGCUAUUGUGACAGUAUCUGGCAUCGAUAACGUGGAAACCCCUAAACAUUUCUUUGCGCCUUUACGGCCAAAGCUUAAACUAAAUACAGCGUUAGCAAAUCAGCGAUGCCUGCCUUCUUCGUCGAUGCUUUUGGCUGCGACAUCGCCGACGACCUUUAGCAACAAAUAUUCAUUACAACAUGAAAAGAGGAAAUGUGAACCGCCUGAUUUGUACGUAACGAAUGGUCUAGCUACACCGUAUCGAUGUACGAAAACAUCUAUUUCCUCCCAACCGCCACCAGUACCUCAAAGAAAACAAUUCCCCGCAGCACAAGUAAGUCCGCGUUUCUUUAGACGUAAAAAUCCAUUUCAACAUCAGCGCUACGAGCAUCACGAAGAACAUAUUAACAACGCGGGAUGCUCGCUUAAGAAUACCUAUCGUAGCAGUAGCAACAACGCUUUAAGUGUCAAUCUGAUUGAAAGCUCUGCUGCUUGCAAUUCAACCCUAACUGCCGCUUUAGUGGCCUGCAACGCGUUAAACUUACAGUUAUUACCUUUACAUUUAAGGUCUACCACAUGUCUUACCUGCACUGUAGCCAUUACCACUACUAUCACUAAAACUACCACCACUGCUUUUACUACCGCAAACGCUUGUACUAAAAUUGACGGCCAUCGGUCUAACUUGGUGAACUCAAAUCAUUUUACUAAGCCCCAUGAGCCUGUUUAUGCAAUCGCACAAAAAUCUGGUCAUAAUUUAAUUACCGCACCUGCAGUUACUAAACCUAUCAUGGCAACAACAACGACAACAACAAUCAUACCGUCUAUAUUGGUAUCAGCGUCAUGUUAUACUUUAAGAGCAAUGAAAAUAGAUAAGUCAAGCAAUAGCUUUGCUAUGGAUUCGGAAUGUCAGACGGAUUCAAUUAAUUUGGAAGCGAUCCUUAACGAUAUCGACGCCAUUUCGGAGGAUAUUUUAACCUUGCAAUUGAAAAAAGAUCAACCGAUAGAAAAUCUAAAUCGAAAUUCUCUUGAAGUUACUGAAAAUAAAAUCACCUCGUUACAGCAAAGCAAUAAAAAUAAUAAACCUUACAAAUCCGAAAUGAAUUUAUUAUUGACAUACGAUGGUGAGACACCGAUUAUAAAACCGACAAAAGUGACAAAUUUAAAUACGACGGCGUCGUUCGUAUCAACAGUGAAAAUUAUAUCAAACGAUAAUUCGAGUAAUUGUACAACUUUGAGAAGAACGCGAUCGUUGGAAAAGGACCGCACAAACAGUCCAUCGCCAAAUGUACCCGAUGCUAUGCUACCCUUUCCUGAUAAUCGUGAAUACUUAUCAAUUGAUCGUUUAAGCGAAGAAAUAAUUAAAAGAAGCACUUUACCAUCUGUGGCAGCCACAGCCACACAAACCUUACCCGUGAUAAAUACUCCGCAAGAGGAAGGCGAUUUGACACUAUCUCCGAUAAAAAUAAAUGUUCCUGCCGAUGAACAAUCUGUUGCGCCCGCACCACAAGAAAGGGUGCAUACGUCGCCUCCGGAAUUAGCACGCAGCUAUUCGGCUACGAAUUCAUCUCAUUUAUUCAGCGAUACCAAUAACUCUAAAAAUCCGGUAUAUUCAUCGUUAGCUGGGGCAGCAGCGAAAAGAGCUUUAUUUCGCUCAGCCCCUAGUCAUCUGACGAAAUCAUUGGAUAUCGAACCAAUGCAUGAUGAUGAUAGUUGUGAUGGUAACGGGAUUGAAAAAUUCGGUGAAACGGUCAAAAGUUCGGAUGAAGAAGUUUUGCAAGAGCCGGCAGAUAUAGCGAAACGGAAAUCUCGUCGUGUUUCUAUAGUAGUAUGUAGUGAUACAAAUAAUGCAAACUCUUCGGCAAAUAUGCUCGCGGUUAGGAACCAGAGUCUUAACACAAAUGGAGUAAAAACAACGACAACAACGAAUAGUUGUUCUGAUUUGCCUUCAAUAACUCCGAAUCCAACGCUAAGUAAUUUAAAGCAAAGUAGUCAUAGUACACCAAACUCUCCACAUUCCGUGCAUAAAAAUGAAGAGACGAGGGCAUUCAACAAGAUCACAACACCAACUAUAUCAAUAAAUAGUCCAAGUGCAUUUUCGCAUAACCGUGCAUCGGACAGUAGUAUACCGCAUUAUGAUGGUUGUACGCAAAAUCAACGUAAAUCUAAUCACGAUACUAUCCGAGCUACGGCCGCUGAAAUGGCGUGUGCUGCUGCCAAUGUAAUGCGUUCGAAAUGUGCACGUCGCCAUUCUGACGGUACCGUAGCCCACAAUAAUCAACGCGCGAGUGCUGUUAGCACAAGCACUACUCUUCAUCAUCAUCAUAAUCAUCAUCAUCAUCAACAUAGUUCUUCCCUGACGAAUAAUAUAAAUACUCAUCGCGGCCAUCAUGCACGACAAGAUAGUAACCAUGAAGUUGUAGUCCCAUGCUCAGAUCGUAAUUCGAACAGUUUAGCCUCAUCACGUGAAUCUUCCACCAGCUUCAGUAUGCGCUCGCAACGACGUAAAUUAUCAGUUAGUUCUCAUACAGGGGGUAAAAUACCAUGGUGUGCUUGUUGGGGCAAUGGUUGUUUGUAAAAAAAAAUAAAAAAAAAAAAAA